GUCAGUCUGAGUAAAGCUUUCGGAUCUGACGCUACUCAUUGUGCCUGCUGUCGGAAGAGUGAGAGAGCGAGAAAAGUUAAGAUGGAGCCCCAGAAGAAGUUGAUCAACUCAGCAGAGAGUUGCGUGGAUGACGCCCUCCUCGGCCUCGUCAGGGCCUCUGGGGGCCUCUCUCUGCUAAAAGGCCACAGGGUUGUGCUUCGGUAUGACCUUGAAAACCUCAAGGGAAAAGUGGCCCUCCUCUCUGGAGGGGGGUCGGGCCACGAGCCUGCACACGCAGGUUAUAUCGGAGCAGGGAUGCUGUCGGCGGCUGUUGCAGGAGGAGUGUUUGCAUCGCCGCCUCCUGGCAGUAUCCUUGCUGCCAUUCUCUCUUUGCACAAUGCAGGAGCCUCUGGGGUCCUUCUCAUUGUGAAGAACUACACAGGUGACCGCCUUAACUUUGGAUUGGCUGCAGAGCAAGCUCGUAACCAGGGCGUUGCUGUUGACAUGGUGAUAGUUGCGGAAGACUGCGCCUUUGACCAACCAAGUAAGGCUGGAAGAAGAGGCUUGUGUGGCACUGUCUUCAUACAUAAGCUGGCUGGUGCUUUAGCAGAAGAGGGCUGCUCAUUGGAUCAGAUUGUUUCCAAGGUGACGGAGAUUUUAAAGAGGAUCGGCACUCUGGGGGUGAGUCUGUCUCCAUGCAGCGUUCCCGGCUGCCUGCCUUCCUUCGAUCUACCGCCAGGAGACAUGGAGGUCGGGCUGGGUAUCCACGGGGAACCUGGAAUAAAGAGGUCAAAGGUGGCCUCUGCUGAUGAGGUGGUCAAGACCAUGAUAGACCACAUGACCAACCCAAGCAGCCAAUCGCAUCUGCCGCUGAAAUCAGGAGACUGUGUGGUUGUGUGCGUGAACAACCUUGGAGCUCUGUCUUGCCUAGAGAUGGCUGUGGUGACUAGAUCGGCCAUCAUCUGCCUGGAAAGCCGUGGAGUGGUGGUUGCCAGGGUGAUGUCUGGGUUGUUCAUGACCUCUCUGGAGAUGGCAGGAGUGUCGCUGACCCUGAUGAGGGCUGACAAGGAAACACUGAGGCUGAUAGAUGCUAAGACUACUGCCCCUGCCUGGCCAAACCUCAGCAAUGUGUGUUUGAGUGGACGCAGCUACAUCACAGAACCACAAACAACCAUCAAACGGCCACAAGAUGAGAAGCACUCUGAAGGACCACUUAGUCCUGUGAUGCAUAAAACCUUGGAGAAGAUUUGCUCCACUCUGUUGGAAAAGCAGGAGGAACUCAAUUCCCUUGAUCGUGCUUCCGGGGAUGGAGACUGUGGUAAUACUCAUGCUCAGGCUGCUAGAGCCAUUCAGGAGUGGCUUCAAGGACAUGUGGUCCCCGGUUGCCCCGGGAAGCUGUUAUCAGUCGUUGCUGGAUUGGUGCAGGAGAAAAUGGGCGGGUCUUCAGGAGCGUUGUACAGUCUGUUCCUCACUGCGGCAGCCGGUCAUGUGACCGAGGGGCGGAGCAAUGCUGCAGCCUGGGCCACUGCUAUGAAUGCUGGGACAGAAGCAAUGAGAAAAUAUGGUGGUGCCGCCCCUGGAGACAGAACAAUGCUGGAUGCUUUGUGCCCUGCAGUUGAUGAACUGAUUAAGCUGGCCACAGCUCCAUCUGGUGGACACAUGGCUGUACUGCAAAGUGCUGUGAAGAAAGCUGCUUCAGGAGCGGAGGCAACUCGUGACCUUAAAGCAAGGGCUGGGAGAGCCAGCUACAUCUCACCCAACCUGGUCAGCCUGCCAGACCCUGGUGCUGUAGCUGUGGCAACCAUCUUGAAAGCUAUUCUGGAGGUGCUAGAGGGGCGAAAGUGAUGCAGCCACCAGGAUAAGAGUAGAGGGCUAAUGCUACCUAAACAAAACUGUGAUGCAAGAGUGAUUAUCAUUUAAAAUAUUUUGAUUUUGUGAUGCAUAUUUUACAUUUUUGGAAGCUAUUUUUCACACUAUACACAAAGUAAGUCAUUACAAGCUGUUAAACUGAGUUUACGAAACAAAAGGAUGUAAAAAAUUAUGGCAGCAGUGCAAAGAUGUAAAGCAAAAAUCAAGAAAAAUAACUUUGGUAUUGUCUCUAAAACAUAUUCCAUUGAAAACUGAAUCAUAUGAACAGCAGGAGACUUUUGUAGCAGAAGGGAAUAUUCAUAGUUUCUACUAAUAAAGGAAAAAUCUAUUAAUAGAUUGGUGUUAGUGAUUUUGGGAUUUGUUAUUAAAAAAGCAAGAUCCAUUUAUCCAUUUUUCUGGUACUGAUCUGGGAUCACAGGGAUUACUGGCAUUCCAGAGAAGCCAGAGUCCAUCUCUUGAAAGGCCAAACUCUUCACUCUGUCUCUAAGGGAGAGCCCAGCUUUUUUCACUUUGUGAUCAGAUGCUCCAUCACCGUUUCUUCCUGCUGCAGCGAUGAUCUUGACUUUAUGAAGGGUUUGUGUGAUUGAUAUCAGUAUGAUUCAGAUAAUUAGUGAAGAUAAAUGUUUGGGAAAUUCUUUUGUUGCAUUUCCUGCUAUAUGAUGUGCAGUAAAGAUAAUCCUAAAGGCUGCAAUACAGCAGCUUUUAAAGUGAGGCCACAGCUCGUGCACACUAAGAUGAUCGCUUUCAUGCAGCACAUAAUCUGUUGCCAGGUCUGUAGACCUUUUUUUUAUUGUUCAGAUACACGUUUGUUCUUCACACAACACAACUUUUAUAGCAGCAGCAUUCAUAGUUCAUUGGUGGGUUUAACACCUACUAUGGUAAAAGGUUCAGGAUGUGAUGAUAUGAAAGGAAAAUAUUAUUAACAUGAAGAUGACCUGCAUUCAUCUGUGCAUGCAUUCAUGCAAACAUCCAUCAUCCAUGCAUGCAUGCAUGCAGUCAUCUACCCAUACAAUAUCCAUCCAUGCAUCUCCAUAGUAAUCCAUGUAUCCAACCAUGUAUGCAUUGUUCAUUCAUCCAUUCAUCCUUCCAUGCAUGCAUGAAUCCAAACAUGUAUACAUCAUCCAUCCACCCAUCUACACAUCUAUCCAUGAUUCCUGCAUGCAUCAUCUGUCUACCUAUCUAUCCAUGCAUCCAUCAAAGUGUCCAUCUACCCUUUGAUGUCUGUCAGUCUGUUCGUGUGUCCGUACGGUGUUAUCUUCAUAUUCAACUCUGGGUCCUGAAGGGAGUUGGAGCAGCUGCUUCUUUUAUAUAUUUUUAAUUUUAAAUAUGAAGGUCUUUUAUCUUUCUUGUUCCACUGUGUGGCAUAAUACAGAUUAAAUGUAGUUUAGAUUCCAGUGCAGUAGGACAGUCCUGAUAUAAUAAAGUAACUAAGACAUAUUAUGUGUACAUAUAGAUAUGUGUGCUUUAACAGCACACACCCACUCCCUGUCCUCUUCCACACAGUGAAAAUGAGUGGACAUGGUUCAACAACCGUCUCGUGAUUCUCACAGUCUGUAAAGAUUUUUCUCUUUGAUGAUUAAAACGUGCAGAUAAAGUC